AUGACCGCUGGCAUUUUGGCUCAUUUCCUAAGACUGGAGUGUGAUUAUUUUUGGGUGUCAAAGCACAUGCCAACCAGGAUCUAUGUGGGAAACCUGGACAGAGAGGUUCCACCAGAAAAGGAGGAUCUAGCCCGAAAGUUCAAAAAGUAUGGCGACAUCGUGGAUGUUUGGGUGUCGCGGCAGCCACCAGGGUUUGCCUUUGUCACCUACGACACCUACAAAGAUGUCGGAUGCUUAUCUGCUUGUGGAUGUCCUGCCAACGUUCUUAACGAAACAUCUCACAAUCAUGUCUUGGAGUUAUAUCAAGGGCACAAUCAUCAGACAGUAUAG